AUGGUUGGGCCGACCUUCGACAUGUCGAAGGAAGCCGCGAGGCGAGAGGCUGCUCGGAAGGAGGUCGCUCCAUGGGGCAGCGUGCUGGCGUAUGUAACCAUCGUGCUGGAGGUGAUAGCUUGGCUUCUAAUUCCUGUCGCUGCCUUCGUCUCUACGGCUUACCUCCUACUCCUCGCCUUCGGCCUGCUGCUGCUGGCGGCGGCGCUCCAAGAAGGACUGGCUUCCGCUCUGAAGGACCCCAUCCUGCUCUUCUUUAGGCGUGGGGCUACUCCCUGCAGUUUCCGGCUUUUCUCUUUUGGGCUGCGCCUGCUCGCGCUCAUUUGGAUCGGUCUCUUAGGUUUCGGCAGCCUCGGCCGCGAUCUAUAUCGCCUGGAAAGGCAUUUCCAUUCUUCGAGGGACCUUCGCCGCCAUUGCACUGAUCUGCCCGGGUGGCUGCAGGAACGCUGCGAAGAUGGCAAGUUUCCUGCCUGGGCCUACACGGAGUGCAUGGAGACUGCUCCUUGGCACCUCAGUGGCUGGUGUAACUACACGGCGGCGGGCGCGGCCUCCGGUCUAUCAUCAGCAGGUGGCAGCGUCGGACUCGUUCUCAUUUUCGGGCCCAUGGUUGCCCCGUUGUGCCUCGUCUUCCUCUAUGGCUUGGAGGCGUGCUGCAGAUGCUGCAGCUCGGAUGCCAACCCCAGGCCCGUGGAAUCCAAGGACGAGGCGGCGCCGACACCUGGUCUGAUCCAGAAGAUACUGGUUGCCAAAGACAUCUUCCUGGUGGCUCUCGACUUCUUGCUGGAUUCCAGCUGCGUGGUGACCUUCUUUCUAGCCGGUCAUCGAUGGUUCGGUGCCGUGGCAUUCGGGAUCCUUCUCUGGUCCGUGGGGCAGCAAGUAGCGGAGAACAGCCUCAAAACCAUGCACUCGGAAGCGGUUGCCAGCAUCAGUGCUGGCAUGCUCAGUGAUGGAUUGUUGAAGCUUACGAGAUCGGAAAAGUCUGUAGAAGCACCUCUCAGCUUGAUGCUCCAGGUGUAUGCGUUUCCUUACGUCUCGAUUUCAAGCAGGUAUGCAGUGGCAAGCUUUUCUUUCUCCAUCCUCACGAGCAUCUACACCAUUUCCGGAGCAGUGUACAAGCUGUUGUAUCUUGACCUGCUUCCGGUCGUAGCGUCCGGGCAGAGGGAAGUUCUGAGGGAAGAGUCGUACGCACCGGUGCUUCAUCCAAAUGAAUAG